AUGUCAUAUCUUUAUUAUCCUGGAAAUCUAGAAGCUAAUGAAUGCUAUGACUCUAUUACUGGAGAAUUUGUUUCUUUGAAUUCUCAACAGACAACACUUUCAGAAUCAAAUAGUUCUCAACAGACAUAUUGGUCAAUCGUUUCGACAAUGUCUUCUCAAGUUUCGACAUUGAAAUCUUCUCAAGAUACGAUUGAAAAUGAUUAUGCUAGUACAAAUAACAUUAACAAGUUUGUACGCGAAAAAAAUAACAAACUGGACAAAGUUUUUCCAAAUAAUAUUAACGAACAUUUUAAAUGGUUUUUUAUUAUUUUACUUAUACUUAAUAUUUUGCUUAUUUUUGGUUUAAUCGUGAUUUUUUCAUAUAAUUCUAAAAUUAAUAUCCGGAUCAAUUCUCUAACGCAAUUUUUAAUUUCUAUAAUUGAUGUUAAGCAAUUCUCAAAAGACUUUAGAAAACUUAUAAUAAAGUAA